AUGAAGUUCGCCGCCAUCGCCCUUCUCUUCGCCGGCCUCGCCGUCGCCGCUCCCGCCGUUGGCCAAGACGUGUCCCCUGACAGCCUUGAGGCUCGUGCCGAGCUUCACGACCGCGGCAUCGUCGUUUCUUGUGUUGGCAAGAAGAAGAACUUCGAGAACUGCAGACAAAACGGCGAGUGCUGCUCCAAGUACUGCUCACCCACUGGCGUUUGCGCUGCCAGAUAG